CGGCAGCUCUGUGAGAGAAGGGUCAGUGCGUUGCUAUAAGGUGUGUGAGGAACCGCCAGGCGUUCAAGCAGAGGCCGCCAGCCGAGGACACUCAGGACACACGAAAACCGGGAAGAAUAAAAUGAUAGGGCCGCCUUUCCCCGCUCCUCCUCCCUCCCAGGUGCACCCGGCCUGUCACUGCUCGGCUGCUACAUCCGGGUUGUUCCCGGAGAAAGAAGGCCGGAGCCGGAUCCUGGGCUAGACAUGAGGCCGCAGCACUGAUCUGACACGCUUACUAGAGGGGAAAUAAUGGGGAACGGCAAGAAGAAGAAACAGGUGCGCUUUGCACGGGCGGGUGACGACGAGGCCGGGGACGAGGAGGAGGAAGACACGCUGUUUGAGAAGCGUCCGGCCAGGCGGAGAGCCGAGGAGCUGGAGGACGAGGGGGCGAGGAGCAGAGCCGAGGAUGAAGUGCGCCUGGUGUCCGGAGGGCAGCAAUGCCGGGGGAUGCGCUGCUGUGUCACCACCGUCAUGUGCGCUGCCUUCCUGGGGCUGGGAAUGGCAAUUUCUGUCUUGGGGCCAACGUUCCCUGAUCUGGCAGCCAAUGUAGACAGCACUGUAGGAAACAUUUCCUACAUUUUUGUGGGACGCUCCAUGGGGUAUCUUGGAGGUUCCAUCUUGGGAGGUGUCCUCUUUGACCGUAUGAAUGAACACUUGCUGUUGGGAUUAUCCAUGAUAGCGACCUGUAUAGGCCUUUUUGUUUUGCCUUGGUGUAAGAAGGCCAUUCUUCUGACUGGAGCAAUGUCUGUUGUGGGCAUAUCAAUGGGAUUCUUAGAUACUGGUGGGAAUGUUGUCAUUCUGAACACAUGGGGAGAUGAAGCUGGACCCCAUGUUCAGGCACUGCACUUCAGUUUUGCUCUGGGGGCUCUUCUGGCACCAAUCUUGGCAAAAAUAAUUCCAGAAAUUCUGCCCUUUGAUAAGAUUCAUAAAACAUCACAAGAAGUACUAAAUAUGCCUCUUGAAAUUAAGAAGUCAAUGCUGUCCUAUAUUGUUAUUGCCACAUACAUUUUGCUGGUCUCUAUAUUUUUAUUCAUCUUGUACUGUAAAAGUCCGCCCAAUCGAUCAGCCGCUAAGGGUUCAGAAGAAAAGGGAAGGACAGCCAAGUAUCACAACGCUCUCAUCUUUCUUCUUUGUUUGUUUUUCUUUUUCUAUGUUGGGGCAGAAGUUGCCUAUGGUUCAUACAUAUUUACUUACGCAAUCACUAUGGCAGAGAUGGAUCAUGAUAAGGCUGCAGGGCUGAACUCUAUAUUUUGGGGAGUAUUUGCUACAGUUCGAGGUUUUGCUAUCUGCUUUGCAACAUGUUUGUAUCCGGGCACCAUGCUGCUUCUUAGUGUGAUUGGCUGCACUGUUUCAUCUGUAUGUUUAAUGAUCUUUUAUAAAGAACACAUAGUCCUUUGGAUUGGAAGUGCACUGUAUGGAGCAUCAAUGGCUACCACCUUUCCAAGUGGUUUCUCUUGGGCACAGCAGUACACGACUAUAGGAAGCAAGUCGGCUUCCUUAUUUGUGGUUGGAGCAGCACUUGGAGAAAUGGCAAUUCCUGCCUCUGUAGGAUACCUUCAGGGAAUGUUGCCCACUCUUCCAGUACUUAUGUACACCAUCUUGGCAUCUUCUGCUGUGACAGCUGUCUUGUUUCCAGUCAUGUACAAACUGGCCACUUCUUCGCAGGACAAGGAACGGUGGGGUGGAGUUGAAAGUGAAGACCGAAGGGCUUUACUUUCAAGUUCUGGCCUAGAGGAAGAAGAGGAGGAGGAGGAUGCACAGCAAUGGAAUGAUGCAGAUUUUGAAGCCAUUGAAAUGAAUGACAGAAGUAAAAAUUCUAUCACUGUGAUAACAGAGGAUGCAUCAGAGGUGACUUCCACUUCCAACAGCAACAGCCAGACUUUUUCCAAGAAUGGGACACUCAGCGAUCAGGCGGUUGACAGAUCACCUUUAAAAAAACUGUUGAAUGUGGACAGAGAAAAAAAUGAUUAAAUUUGUAUUGCAAAUCGGUUUAAUUAUUUUUUUUUACCUGCUUAUCAGACAUCAACGCAAGUUGCCUAAAAUGAUCUGCAAAUUUUUUAUAAUUGAAGGAUAGAGGAAAUACAGACAGAACGGAAAAGCCUUUUUCAUUUACUUUUGUUGGCCGCCUUUAAACUGUUUGUGUGUGUGUACUACUGUAAACGGUCUUGCUAAAGCCCAGCUACAUAGAUACUUUACCCUAAAUAUUUAAGUUCAUCUCAUUUUAAACCUAAUUGCUUUAAAAGUUUACGGCUGGCUGCUAACUUCAAGCUUUUCAGUUGUGGUCAAAGAAAGCCUGUGUUCUGGCUUCACAAAGGCAAACUCCAGACAAAAUGUUUUGUUUUUUUAUUUUGGAUAUAGUGUCUGGUUUAGAGCCUCAGUCAGGACUUUAUCUGCCUGUGUCUAUUGAGAAGAUUUAAACGUGUCUCCUCUCAGGGCAGAAAGUGAUGGGUAAUUUGACAGUAGGGGACACAGACAAAAUCAAGACCAUUUUGUAGUAGAGUGGGGAUGUGUAAAACUUCCAAAACCUUUGUCCCUUCCGGUUCCAAUGACAGCUGCUCCCCAUGCCUUGUCUCGGUGGCAUGGAGACCUGAAUUGAGACAAGCCCCCCCCCCCCCACCACCAAGUUGGUAAUAGACAGAAAUACAAAUAUGUCCAAACUCUUUUCCACUCUUGUAAAGAGUUGUUAAUGUCUCUCAAAUUCCACAUUCAUUUCAGGACACCAGCUAUAUCUGUGGAGCCUCAACUAGGUGUUUUGAGUUCUGCCUAAGCUGCUUCCUAACGCAGGGCAGAAGAGACUGCAAGGACUGGUUGAGCAGUAUGGUGGAGCCUGCGGAAGCAGAGGAUCAGGUAACUAAUACUCCUUUACCUGGUCCUCUAGACACUCCACUGCAAGAGUGGUCUUCUAUUUUUUCUGCUGUUCAGCUUUAGGAUAAUCUUGCAGAUAGAAAACGCUGUUUAUUUUGCACUAUUCCUUCUCAUUCACUGUGCAGAGAAGUUAACUUUGGCAGUUGAUCAGAGUGUUUUAAUAUGCACUAAUU